AUGAGUACGUGUAAAAAGGCCAGGGCGGAAGCUACAUCUUUUGUGGGUUCAGACAGACUGAGCAGUCUACCUCCAGAGAUAAAGGGCGACAUCCUCUCCCGUUUGAAGGUCGAAGAAGCGGUGGAUGCUCUGCUGUCAAGGAGAUCACCAAGAUCAGUUAUAAUCAAGUUGAACUCAGGGCCAAGGUAUAGGAUUCCCUCAUGCCUCUUUUCUAUCGUCGAUCUGAAGUCUCUGCGACUGAAAAACUGCAUUAUCAGCUUGCCCCGGGUAUUCCAAGGUUUCAAGAGACUAACUUACCUCAGCCUGAGCAUUUUCUCCUCCACGGACAGGGAUAUCCAAAAUUUGAUCUCCUUUUGCCCUGAACUGACUGAUUUGAGAUUAACUUCUUUUGAGGGCAUCAACUGUCUAAACAUUCAAGCCCCUAAACUGGAAUAUCUUUGUGUUGUUGGGGACAUUGAAGACAUUAAUUUGGAUGCCCCUAAUCUGGACGAGGCCAUUCUCUGUCUUGAUCAGAAAGCUAAAUCGUAUCAAUCUGUUCCAGUUGCGCAUAACAAGGAAAGCAAUGUCACGUCAUUGGAAAGCCUAAGUGGCAUUAAAAAACUUGGAAUUAUUGGCACUUUCAUGAAGGGGUGCAUACUUACGAAGCUCCCUGCCGUGUUUACUCGCCUGGAAGAUAUUGGUUUUAUGAUAAAUUUUGAGGAUCAGAGACAAGUCUUGACCGCGUGUUCAUUGUUACAGAAUGCCCCUAACUUGAAGAAGCUUCUCAUGUGGAGUGACUCUUCGAGCACAUGGGAUCAGGAUCAGGCCAGCAUUCAAGAGCUUACCCUGCAAAUGCAAAUGGACCAUCUCAUAACGGCCUGUGUGAAAUGUUUCCAGGGUUUGGACUACGAAGUCGAGUUCGUGGGAAAGCUAUUGAGCUGUGCACCUGCUUUGGAAGAAUUGAAAAUAGAGUGGGAGGGUGAAAUGGCCCGCAGCAUUGUUCUUACCAAGCUAUUAGCUCUGCCGAGGGUGUCUCCCAGGGCCAAGAUCAUUGUUACAUGAUAAGUAUGAUCCCUCAUCACAUUGCCGAUCUAAUUUGCUGCGGGUAGAAUUAUUUUGGCUUUGUUUAUGCGGAUGUACCAGCUAGACCUGGUGGUUAUAUAUGUGUGUGCAUUGGACUCAAAUCAUCAGGUAGUGGUAGUGUGUUUUGUUCGGUCGGAGUACUUGAUGUGCUAUCAGCAAGUGUUUUCCAUAUGAAACGCUACAAACCACUGCUGUCGUUCCUCAAAUGUGCGAGUUCAGCUCGUCUUGUUUUGUGCCUGUGUUCGCUCUAUGUUACAUUCCUGGUUGUAGCAAAUAUAUGUGUCCAUGAGAAGUGAUCACAUUUAAGAAGUGUAUCAACAAGAAGUGAAUCGAAGUAGCUCAUACAUCACUUCUUGUUGAUAUUUGUUUCAGGUUCACCUGAAUCCGUCUACUUUCAGAAAUCAUAGCGUUUACCAGAUUCGUUUA